AUGGGAAAGCUCGUACGCCUGGAAGUCGACAAUUUCAAAUCAUACAAGGGCCACCAGGUCAUUGGUCCCUUCCACAAGUUCACAAGUGUCAUUGGUCCCAAUGGAUCAGGCAAAUCGAAUCUUAUGGAUGCCAUCUCGUUUGUUCUCGGUGUCAAUUCGCAGCACCUACGAUCUCAGAGUUUGAAGGAUAUGAUUUAUCGUCCCACAGCUAUGCAAACCGAUUCACGUGCUAUGGCAGCAAGACGAGCCCAUGUUGUCCUUGUAUACGAGAACGCACGUGGACAAGAGGUCCGUUUCAAGCGUACGGUGCAACACUCUGGUCAAUCCGAAUAUCGCAUCAAUGAUCGCCAGGUCACCUUUGCCGAAUACAAUACAGCAUUGCAAAAGGAAAACAUCCUCAUCAAGGCCAAGAACUUUUUGGUCUUUCAAGGCGAUGUGGAAUCCGUAGCCAGUCAAAGCGCCAAGGAUCUUACAAAGUUGAUCGAACAAAUCAGUGGAUCUUGGGAAUACAAGGAGGAAUAUGAUCGAUUGAAGAAGAUUCAGGAUCGUGCUAUUGAGGACAGCGCUCACGCCUUCAACAAGAAACGUGGUGUCACCAGCGAAGUCAAGCAAUACAAGGAGCAAAAGCAGGAGGCUGAAAAGUUUGAGAGUCUUGUGCGUGAACGUCGUCAAGUGGCUGUCAAGUAUCUCUUGUGGAAGCUUUAUCAUAUUGAGCAACGAUCACAAGAAUUGGAAAAGUCAGCAAGCAGUCGAAAGAUGGAUGCUGAUGGUGCGACUGGGGAUCAGGUGCAAUUGGAGGAACAAUUCAAGGCGACACGCAAAGAGCAGGCUUUGAUUCAUCGUGAAAAGACUCGGAGAGAAUUACAAAUCAAAAAGCUGAAGAAGGAAUUGGAAGAGCAUCGCCCCAAUUUGAUCAGCAUCCAAGAACAAGUCAGCCAUAUUGAAAAGCGUAUUGAGCAAACUAAGCAAAAUGGAGACCGUCUCAAGCAUGAGCAUGACCAACAGGCACAGGAAGUGACAAACCUUGAACAAAGCCUUGGCAAAUUGAACAAGUCUUCAGAAGAAUACGAAGCUUCUCUUCCCGAGAGUGGAUUGGUCAAAGGCCCUGUUUUAACCGCUGAGCAAGUGGAGCAAUAUGAACAACUUAAGCAACAAGUCAGCAUUCGCGCUGUUACCGAAGAGCAACAACUUGAGCAAUUGCAGCGUCAACACAAGAUGGAGUUGGAAAACGUCAAACGCAUCACAUCCAAGACCGAGGAAUUCCAAAUCAGAAAGUCGCAGCUUUUGGAAGAUGAGCGUCAAGUGAAAAUGGAUGGUCAAGCUCUUGUUGACGAGGCUGAGGGAUUGGAUAAGCAGCUUCAGAGUCGUAAAAAGGAUUUGGUUGCAUUGGAAGAGGAACGAAAGACAACACACCAACGUGAGAUCCAGUUGAAUGAAAAGCUUCAAGAGACACUCAAUCGAUUGAUGCAAGCCAAGGCAGAGCAACGGGAGUCUGAGAAAGAAACACGAUUCAAAGAAUGCUUGAAUAUGAUGAAGCAAAUCUUCCCAGGCGUUCAUGGAAAGCUUGUUGAUCUUUGCCGUCCUACUCAAAGAAGAUACGAUGUUGCUGUUGCUACUGUGCUUGGUCGCAACAUGGAUUCGAUUGUCGUCGAGGAUCAGCGAACAGCCAUUGAAUGUAUCCAGUAUAUGCGUGAUCAACGUGUUGGUACCGCCACCUUCCUUCCACUCAAUUGGAUUCAAGUGCCUAUGAUCAAUGAUCGUUUCAGAAACUAUACCCGUGGUGCUCGACUUGCCGUUGACGUGGUGAAGAGUGACAAAAAGUUUGAGACUGUUCUCCAGUAUGCCUGUGGUAGCACCAUCGUAUGUGAUACGGUCCAAAUCGCAAAGCAAAUCUGCUACGAGAAAAAUGAGGACGUGAAGGCUGUAACUUUGGAUGGCACGGUGAUUCAUCGAAGUGGUCUUAUUACGGGUGGUCAUAGUACGAAUCAGGCCGCAACCCGUUGGCAAGAAAGUGAUAUCGAAGGCUUGACCCGUACACGAGAUAAGCUUCUUGGUGAAUUGAACGACCUCAACAAGCAAAGAAGAAUGGGCAGUGCUGAAGAAGCUGCAAAGAAUGAUUGUGCCGAGCUUGAAGGACAACUCAGUGUACUUCGGGAAGAAAUUACCACUGCAGAGCAAAAGUUACAGGAUGUGCGAAACGAGAUGCGUUAUGUUGAAGAACAAUUAGUCAGCGCCCAAGCACCUUAUGAUCAGGCCAAGGAGAAAUUGGAUUCAUUAGCAGCAUCGAUUGAAGAGAUGAAAUCAGCAUUGGCCACUAUUGAGGAUGAGAUCUUUGCCGACUUUUGCAGCCGCAUUGGUGUAUCCAACAUUCGAGAGUACGAAUCCAUGCGAUAUGGUAUUCCUGAAGAAGUGAUCGAGCAACGAGCACAAUUCGCAGCUCAGCGUUCCAGAUUGGAGACACAGCUAUCAUUUGAGCGAGGACAGUUAUCAGAGCUAGCAGAGCGUCUUUCAAAGCUGGAAACCAUGUACAAUGAGGAUACAAAGACGUUGGCGGAUCUACAAACCCAAAUUGGCCAAGCUACUGAACGUAUGCGACAAAUGAAUGAGGAUCUUGCAACAUCCAAUGCAGAGUUACAAGAGCAAACAGCUUUGGAGGAUGAAAAGCAAGAAGCCGUUGAUCAGCUGCGUGCCAAAUUGGAAGCCAAGGGUCGAGACGUUCAAAGCUACUUGAAGGAGAUGUCCCAAGUGGAGACCGAGAUGGAAAAGGUGCAUGCUGAACGAGUGGCUAUUUUCCGUAAAUGCAAAUUGGAGGAUAUUGAAUUGCCUCUUUUACGAGGAAGCAUGGACGAUGUCAUCAUGGAGGAUAACUUGGGCAGUGGCAGCCUUGGUACCAGCACACAAUCUUCGAGUGCCAUGGAUGUGGAUGAUGAGCCACCAUCACAACUCUCUAUACGCUCCACUGAUUGGAUGGUUGAAGUCAAUUAUGAUUCGCUUGAUGAGGACCUGAAAGAGAAUGGCAGCUCUGCUCGUGAUGAGGAAUUCAAGGAUGAGCUUAAGCGUCGAGCUGAGGAGAUUGAUGAAAUGGCCCCCAAUAUGAAGGCGAUUGAUCGUUUGGAAGGCGUUGAACAGCGACUAAAGGAAGCAGAGGAUCAAUUCGAUGAUGCAAGAAGAGACGCCAAGCGAGCAAAACAAGAAUUCAGCAACGUCAAACAAAAACGGUAUAAGCUAUUCUACGAUGCUUAUAGCCACAUUUCAGGAAGGAUCGAUCGAGUAUACAAGGCCCUUACGACAAGCGAGACCUUCCCUCAUGGUGGUACAGCUUAUCUCAGUCUUGAUGAUUCGGAGGAGCCUUAUCUUGAAGGCAUUCGAUACCAUGCAAUGCCUCCCAUGAAGAAAUUCCGUGAUAUGGAUCAGCUUUCAGGUGGUGAAAAGAGUAUUGCCGCUUUAGCUCUAUUAUUUGCCAUUCAUAGUUACCAACCAUCACCCUUUUUCGUCUUGGAUGAGGUGGAUGCUGCUCUGGACAAUACCAAUGUUGUCACUGUUGCAUCUUACAUUAGAGAGCAUGCAAGUGAGGACUUCCAGUUCAUUGUCAUUUCGCUGAAAAACACGCUGUACGAGAAGGCAGAAAGUUUGGUCGGCAUUUACCGUGAUCAAGACGCUAAUUCGAGCAAGACACUUUCAUUGAUGCUUGAACCCUACCAAGAGUAA